AUGGGCGACCUGGCCAACCGCAAAGUGUUCAAGGUCUUCAACCAAGAGUUCAUUGUCGACGAGCGCUACAAUGUAACAAAAGAACUCGGACAAGGUGCCUACGGCAUCGUAUGUGCGGCUACCAACAACCAGACGGGCGAGGGCGUAGCCAUCAAGAAGGUCACCAAUGUCUUCAGCAAGAAGAUCCUUGCCAAGCGUGCCCUGCGCGAGAUCAAGCUGCUCCAACACUUCAGAGGUACAAUAACAUGUCUCUACGAUAUGGACAUUCCUCGCCCUGAUAACUUCAACGAGUGCUACCUCUAUGAGGAGCUCAUGGAAUGCGACCUGGCAGCCAUCAUCCGAUCCGGCCAGCCCUUGACUGACGCUCACUUCCAAUCCUUCAUCUACCAAAUCCUAUGCGGUCUCAAGUACAUCCACUCGGCAAAUGUCCUGCACCGAGACCUGAAGCCCGGUAACCUGCUUGUCAAUGCCGACUGUGAACUCAAGAUUUGCGAUUUUGGACUGGCAAGAGGAUUCUCCAUGGACCCUGAAGAGAACGCAGGCUACAUGACCGAGUAUGUCGCUACCCGAUGGUACAGAGCCCCUGAAAUCAUGUUGAGCUUCCAGAGCUACACAAAAGCCAUUGAUGUGUGGUCUGUAGGGUGCAUUCUCGCUGAGCUGCUUGGAGGUAAGCCCUUCUUCAAGGGCCGAGACUACGUCGACCAGCUCAACCAGAUUCUGCACUACCUCGGAACACCAAACGAAGAAACCCUGUCGCGAAUAGGGUCCCCUCGUGCACAGGACUAUGUCCGAAAUCUGCCAUAUAUGCAGAAGAUGUCAUUCCAAUCUCUCUUCAAGAACGCAAACCCCGAUGCGCUUGACCUGCUAGACCGCAUGCUUGCUUUCGACCCAUCUAGCCGCAUUUCAGUUGAGGAGGCCCUGGAGCACAGGUACCUGCAAAUCUGGCAUGACGCAUCCGAUGAGCCUUCAUGCCCAACGACUUUUGACUUCCAGUUUGAGGUCGUCGAGGAAAUUCCAGAGAUGAAGAAGAUGAUUUUGGAUGAGGUCAGCCGUUUCCGCCAGAUGGUUCGCGUACAGCCCGGUGCAGGCGCCGGUGCAGCCCAGGCCCCUCAGGUCCCGAUACCCAACAACUACGACCGUACAGGAUAUGAGGAGCCAAGGCCACAGGAGGCAUUUAACCAGGGUGGGUGGAAUGGCAGUGAUCUCGAGCGCGAUCUUCAAGGACUGGACGGCCGAAUGCGAUAUAACAAGAGGAAGCGAUCUCACAAGAGCAAGAAGAGCGCAGAAGCAGCAGCGGCACCGGCGCAUAAUGGCGUAGAGAAGGCGCGCAAGAAGGCACGCAAGGCCAAGGAAGUCGAAGCUGUUGUGGAAGAGCCGGCUACUGCAGAUGCUUCCGCACAGGAAGACAGCGAUGAAGAGGACGUCGAAAACCAAACUGAAUCUAACAAGGACACUGCGGAGGCGACUGCUUCAAAUGAGGCCGACGAUAAUGACGACAGCCAGCUUGCGGAUUUGCCCUCUGGCACUGGCAGCAACGCUCUCGAUCUGCCCUCCGGUACCACAAUGCCGACGCCAAACCCAGUGCGUUUCGAAGAGCUCAAUCUCUCUGAGCGUACAAUGAGCGCAAUCAAGGAAAUGGGCUUUGAGAAGAUGACGGAGAUCCAACAAAAAACAAUCCCACCACUACUGUCGGGCAGGGAUGUGCUCGGUGCUGCCAAGACGGGCAGUGGAAAGACGCUUGCUUUUCUCAUACCAGCCAUCGAGAUGCUCUCGCAGUUGCGAUUUAAGCCUCGCAAUGGUACAGGUGUGAUUGUAGUGAGCCCAACGCGAGAAUUGGCACUUCAGAUCUUUGGCGUAGCACGCGAGCUCAUGUCGAACCACAGCCAGACGUUUGGUAUUCUGAUUGGCGGUGCGAACAGGAGCGCUGAGGCGGAAAAGCUGCGCAAGGGAUUGAACCUUAUUAUCGCCACACCCGGAAGACUUCUGGACCACCUCCACAAUACCCAGGGUUUUGUCUUCAAGAACUUGCGUUCGUUGAUUAUCGAUGAAGCAGAUCGUAUUCUGGAAGUUGGAUUCGAAGACGAAAUGAGAUCUAUCAUCAAGAUUUUGCCAACCGAGCGUCAGACGAUGCUGUUCUCCGCUACGCAAACGACAAAGGUCGAGGACCUUGCACGGAUAUCGCUCAAACCAGGUCCUCUAUACAUUAAUGUCGACUACAGAGCAGAGCACAGCACAGUGCAAGGGUUGGAGCAGGGCUAUGUCUUGUGUGAUUCAGACACGAGAUUUAGGUUGCUGUUCAGCUUCCUAAAGAAACGGUAUGUAGCCAUGACAAUCUAUCAAAAGAAGAAAGUCAUUGUGUUCCUGUCAUCGUGUGCGUCGGUUGAUUUCUACAGCGAACUUCUCAACUACAUCGACUUACCAGUGCUCGGUUUACAUGGCAAGCUCAAGCAGCAAGCACGCACCAACCGCUUUUUUGAGUUUGUGAAUGCCCAGAGUGGUACGCUCAUUUGUACCGAUGUGGCAGCACGAGGUCUCGAUAUUCCCGAAGUCGAUUGGGUGAUUCAGUUUGAUCCUCCGGACGAUCCUCGGGACUACAUUCACCGAGUUGGACGAACAGCAAGAGGUGCCAAUGGCAAAGGCAGGAGCUUGAUGUUCUUGCUGCCGUCAGAGGUCGGCUUCUUGAAGUUGCUCAAGGAAAACCGGGUGCCGCUAGUUGAGUUUGAACUCCCUAGCAACAAGAUUCUCAAUAUCCAAAGCCAACUUGAGGCGUUGAUAUCCAAGAAUUACUACCUCAACAAGAGUGCCAAAGACGGUUAUCGAUCCUACCUGCAAUCAUAUGCCAGCCACAGCUUACGUUCAGUGUUUGAUGUGCACAAGCUAGAUCUUGUCAAAGUGGCCAAGAGUUUUGGGUUCUCGACACCGCCACGCAUCGACAUCAGCCUCGGAGCGAGUUUGAGUCGCGACAAGAAGGUCGAAGGACGAAGAGCAUACGGCAGCCAGCCACAACAGGCACGAAGACCAAUGAAGCAAGGAAGGAGGUUUUGA